AUGGCGAGAGGGUUAGACGGUGAGGAGAAGGCGAUCAAGGCGCAUAGCGUCUUACUGCGCCUAGUCCUACCGCCAUACACCAUCCACUUCAAGAGCUCGACAUAUAUGCGGGAAGGGACACUCGACUUACUGGAUCGCAAAGUAUGCAAGGAGACACUCAAGAGUACAGCGAACAAUGCGCUGGUGAGGGAAGCGAUAGGGACGGAUGGCAAAUUCUGGUCAGAACUGGUGAUGCUGUUCAAGGCCGCCAUCCCGAGCUUGGAGAGACGCAGCUUCACGAUCUGGGACCCGACGAGCGUGGAUUACGAGUCUACCAGCGGCGCCCUGAUCGCGAGCCACUACCCAGGACUUUGGAAGGAUGUCGAGAGGUUGAACGAUCUGGUCAGCAUCAGUCGCAACGUCCUCACCAUCGGCGCACCUGCCCAAGAUCUGGCCUGCAUUGAAGGCGUGGACAACGAUCUCUUCCGCCUAGUCAAUUGCUGUGUGCGAGUGACAGCGAGAGGAUACGAUGGUGAAGCCGGGACGGGCGACGAGGAGAAGUGGCAGUGGAUUGUUAAUGCCUACAAGAAGCUUCUGAUCACGAGCCUGCAAUUCUUGAACAAUCUGGUGGCGCAGAACGAGAAGAGGAAGCUGCUAUUAUGGUUGUCUCUAUUCGAUCACGAGACCACGCCAGAAGCAUACUCGGCUAGUUUUGCGGCCGAGGACAUCCCGGAGACGAGCAGGACGAGUCUGGCUGAUGUGCCUUCGAAUCCCCCCAUACCGCCUCAGCCUCCUGUGUUAGAAGAUGAUAUUCUGCUAGCAUAUGGGACGGAUGGGUCGAGGUGGAUAACACAAGAUGAGCAUGACAUGGCAGUGCAGACUGUGGAGCAUAAGGACAAGCUGCCACCUGCCAUGCGAGCUGCUGUUGAAGCGGCGCGAAAAGGUGAUGCUUCUGGUCUUGUACCGAAUGCGUAUGUCUUCUACGGCAAGACUCCCCAUGUGCGUGCGAGACGAUUCGAAUUCUACCAAGACGACUUCAAGCGUGACCCCACCCUGGCAGAGGAGCAUCAAGAGCUGAUGCGACAAUGGGGUGAGGUCACGCAGCGAAGAGAGACGGAAGACUACUGGGAGGGUCUGUACGCCGAUGCAGCAGCCAAGUAUCGAGCUGACGCUGCAGUGUGGGAGGCUAAGCAAAUCGCCACUCGCACUAUGAUGGAGCAAGAUGGCAUGGGUGCGGCAGCGAGCGAGCGGGAACGAGAGCUGCGAAAUAGAGUGCAGGAGCUCGAGGCAGAGAUCGCCGAGCACCUACAGAUGGGACGAGGUGAAGCCGAAGCAAUGGCAAGGGAAAUCGAGGUGGAGAUUCCCUCCUCGCCACCACAUUUGACCGGUGUGCUUGACCACUCCGACCUCCAACAUCGCGCCACCCUCCCCGACGACAUGAAGAUGAUGUUCACCGCCGACGCCGGCUCCCGCAUCCUCGAAAGCGGGAAGAUCGAACUCAUGAAACGGCUUUCGGACUACUCGCCUCCGGAUCCCAACCUCCCACCAUCACGCCACCCGGAUGGCCUGACUACCAGACCUUGUCACCGCGACCCUCAGGGACGGCCGCUGGAGAGAACGAGGUCUAUGAGCAGGAGUCCAGUGAUCGUUCAGUAUUGCCGGAACGGACCGAGGAACAAGGGCGAGGUUGAGGCAUGGGUUAGGUUGAACGAGGGGAGAAGGAGGGAGGAUAUGAUAGCGCUUCCAUUGCCUGAAGAGGGGAUGGAGGAGUUGAAUCUGCCUAGGCCGGAGUAUCAAAUGGGUGGUGGAGUGGCGGUGCCCGAGCAGCAGCAGCAAGGGUUGAGGAGGGGAAGUCGUGCUGCGAGAGGCCGUGAGGAAGCUGAGGGGGAGGAUCCAGAGGGGAGCGAGCCGCGAGAGGAGGGCGAAGUGGACGAGGAAGAGGAGGAAGACGACGAGGAAGAAGAGGAGGAGGACGACGAUGAAGAUUAUCCCGGCUCGACGGAAGACGGGCGUGGUCUGCUGACAGAUGUCCCGCUGAUCCUCGGACCCAGCGAAAUCGAAGUCCUGCCUAUGCUGAUCAUGUCCGGCAUUGUCCCACCCAACACACCACCACGGGACCAACCAUCGCCAGCAAAGGACGCGGAUCCGAACGACACGCCCUUUCCGACUUCCGCACUAUCCCUCCAAAAUCUCCACACCACCAGAACGCAUCUCCUCUUAUCACAGUCUACCGGGCGUAAUCUGCUGCGGGAGCUGCUAAUAUUUGUGGCAGCUUGGGACCUGAGAGAAGAGGAGUUGUACUUCAAAUUCAUGGUCAAGAUCAUGGAAGCCAUCCUAAACGCAGGACUAAUGCCAUACGCCUACCACGCCUUCCGCGACAGAAGCAGAAGCAAGGAUAUAAUAUCUCCAGCCCAAGCAGUCAUCAUGAAGUUAAUGACAGUCGUGUAUCGUGGCCGCGGUAGCAUCGGAGGGGACCAAUCGACCGCCGAUGAAGCUGAACUCAACGCCGCGCGCCUACGUCUAGCUAAAAGCACACCGGAAGCUGAUGCGCGGUCAUACACGCUGCACUCUCGACGCAGGGCCCUGUUGACCGUCUAUCCUCCCCCAACACGAACGGAUCUCCACACUCUCAACUUCCUCUUCACGGAGUUUAGACAACACAUCAUCCCACAAACAUGCGCUUUGAUCUUUCUCCAAAGUCAAAUUCAUGUGGGACGAGCAAGUCCAGAAGACUUCCCGCUCAAUCUCUGGGACAUGGAACGAAUGUACGAAGGCGUCUAUCAGUUCCUUGAGUUCUUCGCCGUGGUUUGCGAGGAAGGCGGCGCCGCGGGCGUUGGAAACGUUCAUAAUCUCAGCACUAACGGGGCUGUCAACGGACCCGGAGGCGUCACGGGGGGUGGAGGCUGGGGCAAGGGGGUGUUGUCUGAGUGGGAGGCGAGUUGUGAGCUUGUUGCGCUAUUGAGGGAAUUGGAGGGAGGAACGGAGAAGAGGGAUGGAAUUGUGCAAUUACGAUAUGGGAAGGGCGCGGCUAUUGGUGCGCCACCUCUUCCUUCUUUGCCGCAUGUGGCGAGUGUGGCCAGUAAUGGACGACGGGUGAGUGGCCAGGCUAGUGUGGGUGCGCAGUCGGCGGCCGGUGGGUCUUUACCGGGUGUGGGAGUCCCUGCUCCUGUGGCGGGAUUAAUGCAGCAGAGAAGUUUGAGCGCUGAUGCUGCGAUUCCGGCUGUGCAGACGCUUUUGCCUGGUUUGCAAGCUGGUCAGCAACAGCUGCAGAGAGCGAUGGAUGCUGAGGCUUUGGUGUUCGAUGGGGAACAGUCUGCAGCACCGGGCUUUCCACCGACUUUGCCUUCCUUACCUAGUACACUGCUACCACCAGCCUCAACAAACGGCCAACCGAUCUUUGAACCCGAAACCCCACUAGCAUAUCCGGAAGACAUGCAAGCUCAAGCCGCCCAAGUCGCCGCUGCACAAGCCCACGCGGCACAACUCGGCGGCGUGCCAUUGCCUCCUCAGCCCCCACCCCCACUCGACCAAGACGAGCCCUCGGAUUUCGAAUGGCGUAAUCUAAAGAAACUCACCGUCCUGGUCCUCUCGUCCCUUAUCUGGAAAAACCCGCAAGUCCAGAACCAAGUCCGACGGUAUGGUGGUCUGGAAGCUCUAGUGAGUUGUUGCAGACACGAUGAGAGUAAUCCUUAUAUCCGUGAGCACGCCAUCAUGUGUUUACGGUUUGCGGUGGAGGGGAAUGAGGAAAAUGGGGAGGUUGUGAGGGGGUUGGCCGGGGCGGAGGUGCAGAGGGACAGGAAGAGGGUGAGAAGUGGUGGGGAGGAGAGGGAGGCGCUUAGGGGUGGGAGGGUGACGCUUGAUGAGGGGUUUGAGGAUGGAGGGGAUGGGAGGGAGGAAGUGGUUAGGGAGGUGCUUGAGAUGGGUGGGUACGAGACUUUUCUUGAUGGGAGAGGGCUAGUGGGUCUGAGGAAACGGGAGGGUACUACGGCUUCAGCUGGCGGUGCGGCGACUUCGGCUGUCGCUCCGCCUGCUCCUGCUAUUCCCAACGCUGUUGCCAGCAGCAGCUCGAAGGCGACUAUGGGACAGGCGCUGCUGCCUCCGCCCUCCUCGUCUCCGAUGCCAUCUAUUUCUAGUCAUCUAGGUUUGUCAUAG